CCCAAAAUUCAAACAGAAGAAAAAAGGGCUCCAUCCUGCACCAGAAUAUGCACUGGCAAAAAUCUUCUGCACCUGAGCAGCCGCCCCUGCCACGCCCCUACCAAGGUGUUCGGGUUAAAGAACCAGUGAAGGAGCUCUUGAAGAGAAAGCGUGGCAGCGUUCAGAAUGCAAACGUGGCUGCUGCAGCGACAACGGUGUUUUUACCCCAUCAGUCACUCCCAUCCUAUUCACCCACAGGCCAGCUCUGCACCGAGUCGGACUUCGUUGCGUCUUCCUUGCCCCUGAUGGAUGAAGCGUCGCUCUAUUCCAGCUGGCUGGCACAACCUUCUCCAGCCUCUCUCCAGCCUUUGACCCAAUGGACCACCUACCCGGAUUACGUGUCGCAUGAAGCCGUCGCCUGCCCCUAUACGUCGGACAUGUACGUCCAGCCCGUGUGCCCCAGCUACACGCUUGUCGGAACGUCUUCCGUGCUGACUUACGCCUCCCAGCCGCUCAUCACCAACUUUGCAGCAAGGCCCACCUCCACACCGACUGUCUUGCCCCACCUGGAUGUGAUGGACCAACAAGCACCUCUGAGCUACUUCCCAUGGACUCAGCCAAUCUCAACGCUACCGGCGCCAUCCCUACAGUACCAGCCAGCCUCGGCCGCCAUCCAUGCGCCCCAGUUUGUUCCUCUUCCUGUUUCGGUUCCUGCCCCUGCCCCCCAGGAGCUGGGGGAUGCAAGGAAAGAGAUGGGCGCCCUCACCAUCGAGAAGCUCCUCCUCCAAGAUGGAAACAACGACACCUACGAUUUGAGCAGCAGCCUCCCUGUCGAAGGACUUUAAAGCUCAGGGUUCCAG